AUGCCGCUGUUCAUCUGGUGUUCCCAGCGGGCUGGAGGACUCUCCCUGCUGGCCCUGCUUGCUCUCUGCUAUCAUGUUCUCUCCCAGGAGUGGAACUUUGAACCGCAUGAUCGCCAUCUCGGCCGACCAGGCAAGGCGGGCGCGUCUGGACCAGGAAUUUUACCCCUCUCGUUCGCCUACUACUGCCUCCUCAUCCACGCCUGCGUCUUCGCCUUUCCCUUGCGAGCCUGCUGGGCCCUUUGGGGCAUCACUCGAUCCCUCAAGCGAGCCGUGUCCGGCACGCCCCUCGAGAGUCUCGAGCAGGACAGCCUUCGCCGCCACCGCUCCCACGGCUCCGGAGCCAGUUCCGAGACGUUGAUGUCGGAGCCGAUGGCCUCGGGCGGCCAUGGCUCUUCGUCGACCAUGAUCGAAACCAGCGAUGCCGAGUUCACGACGUACGCGGACGGCGCGAACACGGCUCGCCAUCUCGUCAUCCACGCCAUCGUCAUACCAAAUUACAAGGAGGAGAUGGACCUGCUCAAGGAAACGCUCCAUGUCCUGGCGUCGCAUCCGCAGGCCGCCUGCUCGUACGAUGUGAGAGUCACGGAGCCCCAAGUGCCACGACCACGGCGCCAAGCUGUCGCUGACCUGUGCCGCCAGAUCUAUCUCGGCAUGGAGCAGCGUGAGCUCCACGUCGAGUCCAAGGCGAGACGGCUCAUCCAGGAGUUCGAGAAGAAAUUUCGCGCCAUCGACUACACCCUGCAUCCCGCCGACAUUCCCGGCGAGGCAGCGGGCAAGGGCAGCAAUCUAGGAUGGGCGGCGAGGAAGCUGAGCGCCAAGUACUCGAUGGCAGCCCGGAAGAAUGUCAUCGUCACCGGGAUCGACGAAACGGCGGCGACGACCAUGUACUCGGCUCCCAUCAUCUUUGACCGCAACGCUCACGCGGUGCCCGCCAUUGUCCGCGUUGCCGACAUUCUAUGGUGCGCCGCCGGAAUAUCGGGUCUGUACAGGGGCUCGUCUAUCGCACCGCCGACCUCGGUCUACUCCCUACCGCUCGAGCUCGUCGACCGCGUCGGCGGCUGGGAUUGCGGCGCCGAAGCCAUCGGAGAGGACCUGCACAUGUACCUCAAAUGCUUCUUCGCCCUCAACGGAAACCUCACCUGCCGCACCGUCCUCAGUCCCGUGAGCCAGAGCAACGUCACGGGCGGCGGCCAAGGCGGCGUCCGCGGCGUCUACGUCGACAUGCAAGCGCGGUACAAGCAGGCCCUUCGACACAUGUGGGGUGCUCUGGACACGGGCUUCGCCCUCCGACAGGCCGUGGCGAUGUGGCAAGAACGCAAGCGUACCUCGCGUGCUUUCGGUCCUCUUCACCGGAGCCUCGGCGACGGUACGUGGCCAGAGCGGCCUCGUGAACCGGCCUCCAUCUCCGACGUCACCCACGACACGCUGCGGGAGCCCCACUGGGAGAACAUCGUCUACCUUGCCCAUCGGCUGUUCGAGGCCCAUUUCUUGCCUCUGCACAUGACGAUCCUGGUUUUCGCAUCGGCCGUCUACGUCUGGAUAGCGGACGAUGCAAACGACGUUGGCGAGAUUGGUUGGAUAUUCGCUCUCUGCCACGUCCUUCGCACCCUGAGCUUCAUGGAGGUGGCAUUGUAUCUCGUCUUGUACGAGAGUUUUCACCGAAUAUCCGUCACGACGCGCGAAAGGGAGAUGACCAAGGCAGGCCUCGCUGGCGGCAUGUGCUUCUCUCACCGAUCCAUCAAGAAGAACUUUGUCGACUACGUGCUCGUGCCCCUCGUCGCCCCGCUCUACGGCGCCAUCCCCUGCGCUCAGGCCGAGAUAUCGCACUUUUGGACGCUCGAAUUGGUGUAUUCCUUUCCGAUAGCAGCAUUCCGAGCCACUCUGGCGGAGGCUGGUUGGAUCAGUCGUGGCCUAGCCGGCAAACGCGACGCUGCCAUUCUCGACCUUGACUUCACCCGCCGGGUCGUUGGGAGCUUUACCCGGUCGAAGGACAAUGCGGCCGGGUUUGGCGGUCCCGCGCGGAUCUAUUUUCCUAUUGAUUCGCCUGUAGAGGAGAAGAACGUGAAACGCAGUGUCGACGGAGUGGGACGAGGCAACGCUACGCAUCGACAAUGGGGAUCGGGACGCUCCUGGAGCCCCCUCGAUAUACAGUGCUGA